AUGGAAUAUAGAAUUUUAGGUGAUACAGGUUUAAAAGUUUCUGCCAUUUCAUUUGGAAAUUAUCUAAAUUCAGAUAAGCCUGAUUGGUAAGAAAGAACAAACCAGCUUGUUAAAAAAGCACAUGAGCUAGGAAUAAACUUUUUUGACACAGCUGAAGUUUAUGGAUGGGGAGAAGGAGAGAAAUAAUUAGGAAUAGCUCUGAAGUAAUUGAAUGUUCCUCGUGAGGAUUUAGUUAUAUCUACUAAACUUUUUUGGGCCGUACCAGAUUUAAAAGUUAACAGAACUGGUCUUUCUAGAAAACAUAUUGUUGAAGGUCUAAACAACUCAUUGGCUAAGUUGUAAUUAGACUAUGUUGAUCUAGUUUUUUGUCAUAGAUUUGAUGACGAAACUCCUCUAGAAGAAGUUUGUCGCACAUUUGAUUGUAUAGUUAAAAGCGGAAAAGCUCACUAUUGGGGAACUUCAGAAUGGUCUGCAGCCAACAUUUUUGAAGCUUAUAUGGUAUGUGAAAAAUAUAAUCUGAUUAAACCAGUAAUGGAACAGCCUUAAUACAAUAUCCUUGUCAGAGAGCGCUUUGAAAAGGAAUAUGGACGCCUCUUUGAUAAAUAUAGAAUGGGCUCAACUGUUUGGUCUCCUUUAGCUGGUGGUCUUUUGACAGGUAAAUAUAACAAUGGAAUUCCUGACUCAGAGUGUAGAGCUAAAACCUUCUCAGAUGAUCCGAUGAUAUAAGAAUAUAUUUAAGAAUAUUUAGGAGAAGCUAAUAAAGCCAAAUUUAUUUCAAUAUUUUAAAGAUUUGGUGAAGUGGCAAAAAAAAUUGGAUGUACUCAAGCUCAGCUUGCCAUGGCAUGGGUAUUAAAAAAUAAAGAUGUAUCUUCUGCUAUAACUAGCGCCUCUUCUGUAUUAUAGCUAGAAGAUACUGUAAAAUCUUUGAAAUUUAUAUCUUUAAUUACUGAUGAAAUAGAGAAAGAAAUUAAUGAGAUUUUUGAUACUCAACCUAAGCCAGAGCCAUGCAUGAGAACUUGGGGAAUGAAACCUCCUAGAAGAUGA